AUGAUAGAGCCUAUCAGUGACACUUUAACAGUAGGAUCCAUUCUUCAUGUCAGGGCUGAGUUCAAUGUUAAUAAACCAGCAGAGAUCAAGUUAUUAACAGAAAGUGAUAUUCCAGCCUUCUUCAUAACAGUGGAGGUAGAUGGGAGUACUGUAAAAUACGGUAAUGAUCGGACCCAGUUCACAAAGAUCCUAACGAACCAACUAUCUACUGGGGAGAUAUACGAAUACUUCAUUAAAGUAACCAGUAACGGAUAUGCCGCAACCUUUAACGGAGACCAGCUGGAACUUACUCUUUUCACUAAAACCAAUUGGCAGUGCAUGGACAAAGAUACAGACUACCCCGGAUGUGACUUAAAAGCACAAACCUCUACUGGAAUAGAAGAUUGUUACAAGAAGUGCAAAGAUCUGGCUGAUUGCCAAUCUUUCAUGAUCGUCUAUGACGACAGUGCUUUUUCGCAAGAUCCACUAAACAAUUGCUGGUCGAAGAGUAAGAAAUAUGGUAAUGGAGCAGUAACCCUCGCGGGUCUAAAAGCAGGCAACAUGGAUUGUUUUAUAGAUAACAGGAAUGUAACUAAACUGCAAGGUGGAGGAACUCUGUUCAACAAAGUGGAGUUGUCCCUUAUCAAAGUGGAGUAUGUUUUCACACAGACGACAGGAAACAUCGGCGAAUGGGAUGGAGGAGCAACAUCUGGAUAUAUUUAUACAAUGAUCGGAAGUGCAGGUUAAUAUUAUCUUCUUUUGGAAUCCUCACAAAUAUUAAGAACGAAGCUAUCUUUACUUAGCAUAAUAAUAUUUUGUAGCAACUAGUAUUCUUCCAAGAGUUUUCAUUAUUCAUAGGAACAAGUAAUAUUUUCAUAAAA